AGCUGAGUUGAGGCACGCCUUAUCGUUGAAAAUAAAAGUUUCAAGGAAAAGUAAAUGGGGGGAAAGGUAGAGUUAGUUUAGACUUUUGACCCGCUGCUAUCGGUUUGUUUGAACAGAACAAUCUGAACAUUCARUCCUGUUGCAGCGUCAGCAGUUUGACACCAAGUUGAAUGAACAGUGAUUUGAGUUUUAGUCCAACGUGACCAGAAAUGAAGAAGUCUGCAAGCGGGCUGCAACCUGGAGCGAUGUGUUAGUUGGCUUAUCUAUAUGGAGUAAAAGUUAGAUUUGGGCUUCCACUGGUUUUGAUCAACCUUCUGAGGGAACCAAGGCAGAGUCGAUAAUCAUCCACCAGCUUAUUGAUCUGGCAAGAUGAAUUUGCAGGAGUACUUCCAAAGAAUUGGUUUCCACAGCUCCUGUGACAAAGCGGAUCUUGCGACGCUGAAGUUGGUCCACAAACUGCACGUCAUGUCCAUCCCCUUUGAGAACCUGAGCAUUCACUGCGGUGAGACGAUCGUCAUGGAUCUGGAGGCUAUUUUCGACAAGCUAGUAAGGAGCAGCCGCGGAGGCUGGUGCCUGGAGAACAACUACCUGUUUGGAUGGGUGCUGAGACAAAUGGGCUUCGAUGCCACAACGUUGGGCUCCAGAGUCUUCAACAACAGCACGGGCAACUUCAGUUCGGUUAAUAAUCAUCUCAUUCACAAGGUGGUCAUUGACGGGAAGGCUUACAUAGCUGAUGUAAGCUUCGGGGUGUCAUGUCAGAUAUGGGAGCCACUGGAGCUCAUCGCAGGAAAGGACCAGCCACAGGCAGCGGGGGUGUUUCGUCUCAUUGAGAAGGAGGGCACCUGGAUCCUGGAGAAGACCGGCAGGAAACCAGAAAUUCCCAAUCCAGAAUUCGCCAACUCCAGUCUGGUGAGCAGGGAGUUGACGAAACAGUUCUACUGCUUCUCUCUGGAGCCCUGUGAGGCAAAGAGUUUCUCCGAGCAGAAUCACAAACUUCAAACAGAUCCGGCCUGUCUGUUCGUCAAGAAGUCCAUCUGCUCCUUGCAGACCCCCACAGGAUUCAGAGUUCUGAUUGGCUGGWCCUACAGCGAGGUCACCUACAAACCCGAGGAAGGAAUAGACGUUGUAGACAUGAGGAACAUCACAGAGGAUGAGCUCGAACCAGUUCUGAGGGAGCAGUUCAAUGUGAAGCUGCAGAAGAAACUGAAGCCUGUAAAUGAAAAAGUCAUCUACACCAUAUAGAAAAUAACAUCUCCUUUUGCUUUAGCUUUUAAACGCUGGCGCUAGAUCAAAAAAACCCACAAUUUUAUUUUUAACGAGUUACUUGUUUCAUAAUCUGCUCUAAACUGCUUUGAAGCUUGUCUUCUGCACAUAAAUAUGCAAUGUGACUGAAAAGAAGUACAAUCAAAAUAUCAAUGCAACUUUUUAAUUUACUUUGCCAAUUCUGAAAUACCAAAGUUAAAAGAUUUGCAUAAUGAAAGAGAUUACGAAAGAAUAAGAAUGCUUUUUUUUAUUUUAUUUUUAUAAAUCUAAAAAUGAGAAGGGUGAAACUACAGUGAAAGGGACUAUAGCUUUAUGAACAGAUGAAUGAAGUAUACUAUUGUGUGUUAUGUCUUGCUAUUUUGAAUGGACAAAUAAAAAACAUUGAAAUUCAAA